AUGUCUGACAGAAGGUUGUCUUCGAACCCUGCUUCCAUUUCGACCUUCUCGGGAAAAAGUGUUAUUAUUAUCUUGCUACUUGUUACAAUAUGCCUUUACUUUAUAAUAUCAUCACUCUUCUCAAGAGAUGGAGACGAAACGUACAAACAUCUUGUGCCGAACAUGAAACAAAACGAUUUACAAUUUUUGGAAAACCAUGACUUGAUUCGAAAAAAGUGGAUGAAGAGCAAACGUUUAAGUGUGGUGGAUGACUGGCAAGAUGAUUAUAUUUUGGAUUUUACAAAUGCAAAGGUGUAUCCAGUUACAUUUCUUGAUUUGGAGCCUGUGCAAGCCAAUGCUGAUAUUGGAAGAAUGAAGGCUUUGUGUAAAUUAUAUUUAUUUUCUUAUUUCACGUUCAACACAAGAGAUGAAAGUUCGAGAAAUGAUUUUAUUAUUCCAACUGUUAUUGGAGCUGAAUCAGAAAAGAGUGAAACAUUUACUCCAUAUACGCACUGGAAGAAAGUUGAAAAGCUGCAUGAAUUUUUAAACAGCCCUGAAUCUAAAUACAUUCGACCUCAUGAUUACAUCAUGUUCAGUGAUGCCACUGACGUGUUUUUUGUCAACAAUGUUAAGAAAUCUAAGGAAAUAUUUGAAAAGUACUACAUGAAAGAAAUUGCUGGGAUUGAUUUGGAAAGGGAUGUAGAAAAACGAUGGCCAAUCGUGUUUUGUGCUGAGAAAAAUCGAUGGCCACCAGAAGACUUUAUGCAAAACAUGUUUUCCGUAAGUAUACUACUACACAUCUUACAUAUCACAACUCACUCUAGAUGGAAUUACUUCUUGAAAUUUACACCAGCUCUCUAUCAAUACAUGCAUGCUACUCAAAAGUAUCCAUUCUUGGCUGAUUGUGAAGCAAAACUUGUGUAUAGUCCAUUCAGUGUUUGUGGAAAUGUCAGGUCAGAUGAAGCUUCAGAAUGGGGAUGUUCUAUUUCCGAUUCCAAACAUCGACCUUUUGCUCUUCAUAGUAACGGAGGACUUUGUCCAAGUGUGUGUUCUUGUUUGAGAAAUAUGCACAACUCUGGACGCCUUAAACAAUUUGUUGAGAAAAACCCAUCAGACUUUGCCAUUCAUUCGUAUCAUGUUGGAUUGAAAAGAACAAGGAAAUAUGAACUCUCCCCGGUGUGUGGCAAGUAUUUGAAUGAGCAAUAUCCUUCAUCAGCAUGCAACAAAUAG